CUGCAAAUCGUCGAUGUCGACGUCGCUUGCACCCUCGAGAUCCCCCUCGUGCGCACGCGUCCUCUGCCCGCCAAUCUGCUGCAGCGUCCCCUUUCGACCCCUUCUCUGCCCAAGCUGCCUUGUUUCUUGUCGUCCUUGACCGCAAUUCAUGCUAUUCUUGCAACCGAAAAGAGCCGCCAGCCCGUCGCCCUGGUCUGGUCAGAUGGCCCCGUUUCGCCCUACCGGCGCCCGCGCGCAAUCCCCAUCGUGGUGCCUGCCGUCGCAUCAUCACCUUGUUUCCCACCACCCCCAUCUCCAUGGCCAUGCGAGCGUCGCCCAUGAUGACAUCAGUGGCUGUUCGAAUCGAAACGCAGGGACGCCGCUCCGGCUCCUUGGGCGCUUCUUACCCAAUCUGGCCGCCCAUGGCCUCCAAACGGGCACUGGUGCGCACUAUGCACAUAUUAGUCCACUCUACGCCCAAAGGCUCCACGUCUCCAGCACACACACGCACUCACAAACACACACCGGACCUGUGAACGUUAGGGCUUGGGGCGGGCCUCUGGAAUCUAGAACCUGCUUGGCGUCUGGACCCCCCUCCCCUUGA